AUGGCUCACGAGACGACUUUCUGGCCUGAAUUCAACGAAGACGGCGGCGCGGACGAGGAUCAGGCGAUAGACGACUUUCUGAACGUGCUACUCGAGAUCGACACGGAGACCUUAGAGAGCCAAGGGGAGGGAGGCGGCGGGACCGCGAAGGGGAAGAUUUCCUCGUCCCGCGGCGAUCGCAUUAGGGCGGAAGCUUCCGUCGCCGAUCCCCGAGGGACGUCCUACUCACGAGGGGUUGGCGCGGUGUUCGACGAAGGAGCCCACCACCACCACCUUUCUCACGAAACAGCCGCGGCUGAUCUACUCACGCAGCAUCAGCUGAGACAGCAGGUCGACACGCAGAUGAGCUCCCACGCGCGGCACCUGUCCGACCCGAUGGCCGGCACCGGAGGGCAAUUCGGCGGAAUAGGCGACGGGUGGCAUCCACCGGGAAUGGCCGACUUUAGCAUCUUCGCGCAACAGUUUCAACACAAUAAUCCCGCGCUCGGCGGCUUUGGCGUCGCGGGCUCGGCGACGGCGCGGGACCGAACGGCGGGACCGAACGGCGGGAACGACGGGAAGAUGCGGCUUCGGUGGACGCCGGAGCUGCACAAGCGGUUCGUCGACGCGGUGAACAGGCUGGGCGGGCUGGAGCUCGCGACGCCCAAGGGCAUCAUGCAGCUCAUGGAGGUUGACGGGAUGACCAUCCAGCACGUGAAGAGCCACCUGCAGAAGUACCGACUGCAGGACCCGGGCGACAGGGACGUCCUCGACGGUGACGGCAAGCGAGGGAGGGAAGGCGACGACGCCGGAGCCGCGGCGGGAGGUAAACGGGUGCGAAGGAGGCCCUCCGCGGCGGAGAGGAGCGCGGCGCGGGCGAGGGCGGCGGAGCAGAAGGCUCGCGAGGAACGGGAGGCUGCCGCCGCCGCGGCGGCGGCGGCGGCGGAGGCGGCGGCAGAGGCGAUCGACGCGGAGAGGCGCAUGAGCUCCGGCGGCCACGGCGAUUUGCUCGGGAUGGAGGGCGGGCACCACGUGCCUCCUUACGCCAACACCGGCGCCCUGAUGACCACGAUCGACACCACGAGCGGUUUGCCCUCCGUCGCUCACGACCACGGCGCUCGACUCGCGUUGCUCGGCGUGGAGGAUGACGACCACCUGGAGACUGCGGCUCGCGCGGCGGGCUUGGGAACCGCGGGCAGGUCACCGGAGGACGUCAGCAUCGCGCUGAUGAAGCAGAUCGAGAUGCAGUCGCAGCUGCACGCGCAGCUGAUGGAGCAGAGGAAGCUGCAGCAGAGGAUAGAGGCGCACGGGAAGUACCUGGAGUCGAUCCUCGAGCGGCAGCAACGGCAGCAGCACCAGCAACACCAAAACAAGGUGCAUGGGGACGACGAAGACGGCAUGCCCCCGGGGUCGCUGAGCUGAAACGCGCGUCGAUUCAUUCGUUGAUAAUAGGUAGCCACUCGGGAUUGACGAGAGUUGUUAACUUGAGGUCAGAUACUUGACCGCG